UGUAAAUGUCAUAUCAUUUUCCACCCCUCGGAAAAUAUCUCUCUUAAACUUCGUUGCUAUUCAGUACCAUGGAGCAUUUUGUCCUACACUACCUCCGGCCAAUUCUCCGGGCGGCAGCUUUUGAAAUUUCAUCUCUCUUUCUAUUUACCAGUUAGACAUUCAUAGCUUCAAGCUGCUUAGCUAAAAGCCUGAAACUUGGUGUUGGUGCUUCUGAAGUCACCGAGAUAAAUAGUGAUUUUGUUUCCGUUCUCCUUUCUGCUGGAGAUUCAGGAACUUAGUGUAAGGUAAAAACUACUGUAAUUUGAAGGUCUUGUAGACAUUUACAAAUGUUUUGCCUUCAAAGUGUGGCAGUUGGUGAAUAAUUUAAAUUCCUCCCAAAGGCAUGUGGCCAGCCUUCUUCCAACUGAAAUGAAGACAUGUGGCCAUCCUUCUUCCAACUGAAAUGAAGAACUCACAGAGCCCAAAAGAAGAACCCUUAACUCAUGUGUCUCAUGAGUCACAAAAUGAACAACAAAACAAUGAUACAUCUGAUGCUCCCGUUACGGACUCUGGUUCAGCAUCUGCUUCAGGCAAUGACAGCAAAAAGGUUUCACGACAGGAUAUUGAGCUUGUCCAGAAUUUAAUAGAAAGGUGUCUACAAUUAUAUAUGAAUAAAGAUGAAGUGGUUAAAACACUCUUGACUCGAGCAAAGAUAGAUCCUGGAUUUACAACUCUGGUGUGGCAGAAGUUGGAGGAAGAGAAUGCUGAUUUCUUUAGGGCCUAUUAUAUAAGAUUAAAGUUGAAAAAGCAAAUACUCCUCUUCAAUCAUUUGCUUGAGAAUCAGUACCAUCUGAUGAAGCAUUCCAUGGCUCCAAAGGUUCCAUUGGCUCCGAUUCAGAAUGGAAUUCAUCCAAUGCCUGUCAACAACCUGCCUAUGGGCUACCCCGUGUUACAGCAACCUCCCAAUAUGGCAACAGGUCAACCACAUCUUGACUCCAUGGGUUCUGGAAUGUCAAGUUGUCAUGUGGUUAAUGGAGUCCCUGCUGCAAGCAAUUUUAAUUCCAUUCAGAUGAAUUCUGGAAAUGAUAUGGUGAUGGACCACAGUGCUCCUGAUAUGGCUCCUGUUAUUCCAUCAAUUAACUCAAUGUCGUCAGUGUCAGAAAUGGCAGUGAGUCCUACGUCAGUAGCAUCCAGUGGUCGUUUCCCCUUUACUACAUCAGAUUUAUCAGGAAUAAACACAGAUGCAUCAGCUCUGGAUACAGCCUUUGCAUCUGAAGUAGCCAGUUCAGCAGGACUGCAACUUGCAGCAGAUGGAAACGCAGCAAUUUCCAGAUCGCUUGAGCAAAUUCCAUGGAAUUUUAGCCUAUCUGAUCUAACUGCCGAUUUGUCUAAUUUGGGAGAUCUGGGAGCCCUUGGUAACUAUCCUGGUUCGCCAUUUUUGCCGUCUGAUUCAGAUAUGUUGCUUGAAUCUCCAGAUCAAGAUAUAAAUAAUGUUGAUGACUUUCUUGUUAGUUCUGAGCCGCAGUGCUCUCAGUCAGACGAGCAGAAGUCGUAGAUGAAGGAAAGACAACUUGUGCUUCGCAUGAUAAUUGUUAGGUUAGGUAAAUUGGGCGAAUAAAUGUCAUUCAGUUUAUUUGCUGUCAUUAAAGUGUGGGCAAACUGCCCUUCACUAUCAUCCUGCAGAUAGAAAAUUUCAUUGCUACUGGGUAGUUGUAUUCUUCUGUAUUCAUUUGAGAGACCUAUUGUUUGGAAGAGUUAAGGGCUCAUUUUAGGACGGAAUUGAUGAAUUUGGAUGCAUAUUGGUUGGGAUUGAAUUAAUGGCAGUGCAGAGGCUGGUGGGUUUGUAC